AAAAAAAAGUCCGGUCGGAAUGGUUUCUGUUUCCCAUCGCUAUCCACACGUCAAAAUCUGGUCUUCACCAUCAACGAACAGGGCGAGCCACAGCAAGGAACCCUGGGACGUUUAACGCCUUUGCCGCACCUACGCUCUCUUCCCCUCUUGAUAUCUCUAUUCCAACGCAGUCAUGUCUGCCAACGAAUCUGCUGCCUGGCCCCUGGCCGAUGCCGCCCUCACCCAGGAGAUCCUCGACCUAGUCCAGUCGGCGAGCCACUACCGCCAGCUCAAGAAGGGCGCCAACGAGGCUACCAAGACUCUGAGCCGUGGUGUUUCGGAGCUUGUCAUCCUGGCAGCCGAUUGCGAGCCGCUCGCCAUUCUUCUCCACAUCCCCCUUCUGGCCGAGGACAAGAACGUGCCCUACGUCUUUGUGCCGUCGAAGAUCGCCCUCGGCCGCGCCUGCGGUGUUUCCCGCGCCGUCAUCUCGGCCAGCAUCACCAGCAACGAGGCCAGUGACCUCCAGGGCCAGAUCCGCGCCCUGAGGGACAAGGUCGAGCGCCUUGCCAUCUAAGUCGAUUCGGGUAUAGAUAAUCUGAAAGUCAAAUAAAAGAGGAAAAACAAACUGAAAUCAUAUUCCUUACCGAGAGGUGGAAUUACAAGCGAGAUGUGGAUAUUUCUUGGGGCUUUUGGUUUAGCACCCAUCUAAUACAACACAUUGUGCACCAGGUUCUUAUAUUUGCGCCUUGGAUCUUUACUGUGUAUGGCAGUAUAUCA